CAGCGUACUGUGGUACUGGCGGUGCGACCCGCCGUGCGGCAUUCGACUCCGCACCCUCAUCGAAGCAGCCUGCCGCCUCGCUAAGGUACUUCCGUCGCUGAACGAAAAUCAGACCCGAGAUUCGAAAAUGUCCGUCUCCGAAUUCAGAAGGAAGAAGCUUCUGUACGUGUUCAACGUGUUCUUCGACGUCAACCAGAGCGGAACCAUUGAGAGGAAAGACUUCGAGUUGGCGAUUGAGAAAAUUUGCAGUCUCCGUGGAUGGAAGCCCGGAGACCAGAAGAACACUGAAACUCAUGAGAUCAUGAUCAAGAUCUGGGAUGGAUUGAGGAAACGAGCUGAUUCCAACAAGGAUGGACAGGUUUCCGUAGAAGAGUGGGUAUCUAUGUGGAAUGACUACGCUCAGAACCCAUCCGCAGCUCUGAAAUGGCAGCAACUCUACUGCCAAUUCAUGUUUCAACUGGAAGACGCUAGCGCCGAUGGGACUAUCGACUGUGACGAAUUCACCACUGUUUGCUCCUCGUACGGAAUCGACCCCAACGAAUGCAAGAUGGCUUUCAGCAAGAUGGCCAAGGGCAAGCACAACGUGUCCUGGGAGGAGUUCCAGGAACUAUGGAAGGAGUACUUCUCUACUGAGGAUCCUAAUGCGGCCGGGAACUUCAUCUUCGGAAGAACUACUUUUUAAAAUCCAAGCUAAAACUUUCGAAAUUUAAACGAAGACAGAGAGUCUCAUAACAUUCCAACUAAUUUAGAUGUUUCUUGAAAUGUGACGGGCGAUGCUUCUAAUCUUAACUAGCCGAUUGCGUUCACAGCGUUAAUGCAACGACAAUGCGGCACACCUAUCAUUCUUUUAGAUAUAUGUGUUCAUGAUAAAUAAAUAACCUAUAUCUUAAAGUUUCUCUCUUAUAAUGGAUACACUUAUCAAAUCUAAUUCUCAUAAUUAAGGCUCAAACUCAAUUAGUUGCUGUAGACUGUGCUUCCAGACGCGCCCCACGACUGUCAAUUUGCUGUCAUCGUUUGACAUUUGACUAUGAUAAGACAUCAAUUCUAAAGUGGAAGUGGAAUUCGUCAUUUAGAACUAAUCUUAACGUCAUCAACGUAAAGUAUUUAUGAAUCUCUUUAGAAUUUAAUUCUUAAAUUAUUGUCUUUCCGAAUUAAGUCUCAAUUAUUUAAGGUGUUUUCUAAAUAAUGUAUUUUUUGUUCGAUUCACUUGAGUAUCAGUCUUAUGUUGAUUUAAAUAAUGUAUAAUUUAAAAUGACGAAUGCGUGUGUUACUCUUUAAUGUUGUUUACUAUGUUAAUUGUUAUCUAGUUACCAUUAUUUCGUUAUGGUUGUGUGAUUUUUUUUAAAUUUAUAUCUCUCUUAUCCUGGCGGGAUUUCUCUAGAUUCUUAUUACAUCGCUAUACUAAAUAAUAUAAAUCAAUUAAAUGGUCAUGAAU